GUUUGUGACGUAUCACGGAAAACAGUGACGUUUGUGCAUUUCUGUAUUUACCAUAGACUGCUGUUAUUUUUAAUAGUAGGCUAUCAUGUUUAUGAUUUCAACCAUGUUUGUCAGGCAAUGAAAGUUCUGUUUAUGGCCACUUCCUUUUAAAGACAUCAAAGAGCGGAGCGCGAGCGGCUGUUUGAUCAUCAGAAUACCAGUGUUGGAUCAGGUUUAUUUGCGGUGAUGGCUAUCCUGUUUGCGGUGGUGGCUCGAGGAUCGACCAUUUUGGCUAAACAUGCGUGCUUCUCUGGCAACUUUCUGGAGGUGACGGAACAGAUUCUGGCCAAGAUCCCAUCGGAAAACAACAAGCUCACGUAUUCUCACGGCAGCUAUCUCUUCCACUACAUCUGCCACGAGAGGAUCAUCUAUCUGUGCAUCACUGAUGACGAGUUUGAGCGCUCCCGUGCGUUCGGCUUCCUCAAUGAGGUGAAGAAGAGAUUUCAGACCACCUACGGCUCGCGAGCUCAGACCGCGCUGCCCUACGCCAUGAACAGUGAGUUUUCCAGCACGCUGGCUGCACAAAUGAAACAUCACUCAGAUCCCAAAGGCUCAGACAGACUGACGGAAACACAGAUGCACGUAGACGACUUGAAAGGCAUUAUGGUCCGGAACAUUGAUCUCGUAGCUCAGAGAGGAGAGAGGCUCGAACUGCUCAUCGAUAAAACCGAGAACUUGAUGGAUUCUUCUGUCACCUUUAAAACAACAAGCCGUAACCUGGCCCACGCCAUGUGUAUGAAGAACAUGAAGUUAACAGUCAUUGUCGUAAUAGUCGUGCUGGUGGUGCUGUAUUUUAUCGUGACGGCUGCCUGUGGAGGACUCAGCUGGCCCAGCUGUCGGAAGCAGUAGAAACCUUUAGUAUGCAAGACCACUCA